UUCCGGUGCUCCAUUUUGUUAAACCGUAGUGGUGAAAGCGUGCGGUUGUGUCCGUGUUUCAACGACACACAACCCACCCUAAAAAAAGUGAAAUAAUAUCUCUAAAAAUACAAAAAAAAUAUAAAAAUAUCUCGCAAAAACCCAAAAAAAUCGAAAAAGAGUGAAAAACUAAAAUAAGCGAUAUUUUUAUUUCGUUUCGUAUGUUAUGGGAGCUAGCGUACUCUGUGUAUUUGUGGUGUCGUGAAUAUUCGGUAAGAUUCCACUGGGCUUAGUAAAAAGCUAAUUAUCUACGAUGAACCAAGGAGCACCGAAUUAUCCCAUGGCGUCUCUGUACGUCGGGGACUUGCACUCCGAUAUCACUGAAGCCAUGCUUUUUGAAAAAUUCUCAUCAGCUGGCCCAGUCUUAUCUAUUAGGGUUUGCAGGGAUUUGAUAACCCGUAGGUCUUUGGGUUAUGCCUAUGUAAAUUUCCAACAGCCCGCUGACGCGGAAAGAGCGCUGGAUACUAUGAACUUUGAUUUAAUCAAGGGACGACCCAUUCGUAUCAUGUGGUCUCAACGUGAUCCUUCUUUGAGGAAAUCCGGAGUGGGCAAUGUAUUUAUUAAAAAUUUGGACCGUUCCAUUGACAACAAAGCUAUGUAUGAUACUUUCUCUGCUUUUGGAAAUAUUCUUAGCUGUAAAGUAGCUCAGGAUGAGAACGGAACCAGCAAAGGCUAUGGUUUUGUUCAUUUUGAAACUGAAGAAGCGGCAAAUAGGUCUAUUGAAAAAGUGAAUGGAAUGUUACUGAACGGAAAGAAAGUUUACGUUGGCCGUUUUAUUCCUCGCAAAGAAAGGGAGAAGGAACUUGGAGAAAAAGCCAAAUUGUUCACAAAUGUUUAUGUAAAAAAUUUUGGUGAAGACCUAACGGAAGAGCAAUUGCGCGGGAUGUUUGAAAAGUUUGGUAAAAUUACCAGCUAUAAGAUAAUGAGCAAAGAUGACGGGAAAUCCAAAGGAUUUGGAUUUGUCGCAUUUGAGAGUCCUGAGGCGGCCGAGGCCGCAGUUGAAGCUCUGAAUGGCAAGGAAAUUGUUGAAGGGAAACCGCUGUAUGUUGGCCGGGCACAAAAGAAGGCGGAGCGGCAGCAGGAGUUAAAACGCCGGUUUGAAGCGCUGAAAAUGGAAAGGCUUAACCGUUACCAAGGGGUCAAUCUUUAUGUUAAAAACUUGGAUGACACUAUAGAUGAUGAGCGGCUACGCAAGGAGUUCUCACCAUUUGGAACUAUAACUUCAGCCAAAGUAAUGAUGGAAGAAGGCCGGAGCAAAGGAUUUGGUUUCGUCUGUUUCUCAUCUCCUGAAGAGGCUACGAAGGCCGUCACUGAGAUGAACGGUCGUAUUGUUGGAUCCAAGCCGUUGUAUGUAGCUUUGGCUCAAAGAAAAGAAGAUCGUAAGGCCCACUUGACAUCCCAAUACAUGCAAAGAAUGGCUAAUAUGCGUAUGCAUCAAAUGGGUCAGUUUAUCCAGCCGGGUGCGUCUAGCGGUUACUUUGUACCUACUUUACCCGCCCCGCAAAGAUUUUAUGGUGCAGCUCAACUUCCGCAGAUUAGAACGAGUCCAAGAUGGCCUACCCAAACACCCGUUAGACCAGGCGGACAAGGAGGUGCUACUGCCUACGCUGGUAUGCCAAACACCUACAGAGCCACAGCCCGUCCGCCAAAUCAGACCGCGGCCAUGCGCAGCAACAUUAACGUCCCAAGACCCAUCACUGGUCAACAACCCCCUAAUAUGCAAGGGCGACCGCUUGCAGGUCAAAGUGUAGUCGCUGCUGGAGGAAGUCGCACCGCUAACUUCAAAUAUACUGCAAAUAUGAGAAACCCACCGCAAGCCAUGGGUGCCUUACCAGCAGCGCCGGUUCAGCAAGCCGUGCAUAUUCAAGGACAAGAACCACUGACCGCUACCAUGUUGGCGGCGGCACCGCCCCAAGAACAGAAACAGAUGUUAGGAGAGCGUCUUUUCCCACUUAUUCAGCGGAUGUAUUCCGACCUGGCCGGCAAAAUCACCGGCAUGUUGUUGGAAAUCGACAAUACUGAAUUGCUGCAUAUGUUGGAACACAACGAAUCUCUCAAGAACAAAGUUGAAGAGGCCGUGGCCGUGCUGCAAGCCCACCAGGCGAAACAAGCCGCGACCCAGAUCAAGAAAGAGUAAAGAAACGCAUUUUGUGCGUCAAAUACACAGAUUUUACGUAUGUAUGAUAAAAUUAAAAAAAUUGCAAACAAUUUAAAAGACAAAAAGUUGAAAAAAAAAAGGAAACAACCAACAAAGUUAAAAAAAGAAAUUUAUAGAUAACUUUUGUUCAGACGACGCCCUUUUUUGCAAGGUCCAACUACUGCAAGUUGUUUGUACAUUUUAUUGCUCCUAAUUUUUGUUUACUUACAGUCAACUUACAGUUUUUCAUACCAACGAAGCAGUCAGUCUACAUCUAUCUUUUCUUUACUAGGUUAUAUUUUCAGUAGAUUUAAGUUUAUUCGCCUAUUGGAAUAUUAACGGCGCAAUAUUUGUUAAUUGGCUUUUUAUAUUUGAUGAUUUACUCUUCAAUUUAACCUUACCAUUGUAUUCAAUUGCUCCUUCUAAGUAAAUAUUGUUUAGGGCAGACUUUUAUUUAGUGGAUAAAACCUUUCUGGCAAAAAUUGCAUUUACCUGUUAACAGAGCUCCACAAAACCCUUGCGAUGAGCUCCUUUCGAUAAUUUAUUUAAUAAAAUUAUAAACCUACUUCUUUACAGUUUAAAUUUUUAGUAUUUCUAUUUCUAAAAUUCUAUGGUUUGGGGAUUACUUUGUAAUUCCUUUGGGAUUAAUAAAUGUGUAUUGAUUAUA